AUGAAGUUUGUCUCUCUGGUCGUCAUGCUUGUUCUUCUCAUUUGUUUCUCUGCCACCGUCAAUGCGCAUUUUCCAGUUUACAGUCUUUAUAAGGAACGUAAACCGGUUGACUUGUUCCAAGCGCUAGCCAGCGCAAGACAAGCCAAAAGACGAGCUGGUGGUUUUGAAGAGAACUAUGAUCUACCGCUGCCCGGACUCUACCCCAGAAACUGA